AUGCGAAACCUGAGAAAUAUUGGCCAAACGUUUCGUGGUGUCAACUUCGGAGCUCCACUGCCCUGGAGCGCUUUAACGUGGGAUGCUUCCAACGAUGGUUGUAUCGGAGCGUUUGGUCCUUCGGAGGACCUCGAAAUCGUUGAAAUCCGCAGAAUAACGGGCGACAACGAACCGGAGCCAUAUUUGACGCUUGACGACCGCGGGGGCGACCAAGUCAUCGAUGUUCACUACCUGGUCGAUCAGAGUGCCAUAAGUGUGAUAUUCUCCAAAGGGGAUAUUGAAUUGAUCAACGAUGACGCCAGUGCCGAAACGUCCCGUGUCGGGAUCAUUGGGUCCGUGGACGAAGGAAUUGAUGCGGCGGCGUGGUCGCCAGAUGAGGAGAUCGUGAUUCUCUCCACAAGAGCAAGGACUUUGCUGUUCAUGACCCGGGAAUUCGACCUGCUUACCACCGUCACGCUAAACCCCGAGGAUACGAAGGUUUCCAACCAUGUCUCGGUCGGCUGGGGUAAAGCAGAGACGCAGUUCAAAGGGAAGAGAGCCAAGGCGCUGCGAGACCCCACUGUCCCGGAAAAAGUCGAUCAAGGUCUACUGAGCCCAGAUGAUGAUGGAACGGUUACAGUCAGCUGGAGAGGAGAUGGUCAAUAUGUUGCUGUCAACUCAAUCGAGCCCGGUCGCGGAAGAAUGAUCCGCGUGUACUCAAGAGAAGGCAUCCUUGAGAGCGUCAGCGAACCGGUCGACUAUCUGGAAGGGGCAUUGAGUUGGCGACCUGCAGGAAAUCUGAUUGCUGGCAUCCAACGAUUCGCCGAUCGCAUCGAUGUCGUUUUCUUCGAGCGCAACGGUCUUCGCCAUGGCGAAUUUCCCCUCCGUCUUUCCCCAGCCGAAGCAAAGACGUGGGGAAAGUCCAUCAAGCUCGCGUGGAAUCCCGAUUCCACCGUCCUUGCCGUCAUAUUCGCCGACCGCGUCCAGCUAUGGACGAUGGGAAACUACCACUACUAUCUGAAGCAAGAACUCCUUCUUGGCGGUGCCAACCCGCAAGCGUGCUGGCAUCCGGAAAAGCCACUUUGCCUGGCUCUAGGAGAAACGUAUAGCGACCCUCAAGGCAUGGAAGACGACUCCAUCCGCAUGAAGGUGAUUGAAUUCGCUUUUGCCGUCUGCGAAGGGCCAACCGCAACGCCCAAAGAUGCUGGAGCCGUGGCGGUAAUUGACGGGAAGACGCUCAAACUCACGCCGCUUCGAUAUGCGAAUGUCCCUCCCCCGAUGGCUCUUCACGACGUUGACACCGACUCAAGUAUCCUCGACGUGUCAAUAAGUCCGGAUGGGGGCGGGAUAGCUGCAUUGCACACCAAUAGCGUCACCUUGAUGACGUGGGAUAUGUCGAAAAGGUCAAUUGUCGCACCCGUACGGCAAGAAACGUAUAAACUGCCCCGAUCAGCUGGCCAUGCCCAGCAAGUCGCAAUGGACUCGCAAGGGCGGGCUUAUGUACUCUGCCAAUCGGGGUACGGAGAAAGCUGGAUCUACUACUGCAAUGGACCCGAUCCCAAGGCGAGAGAGAACAUGGGGUUCAAAUCUGCUUCGGGCAUUUUCUGUGAUCCAGCCGAUAGUACGCUUUGGGUAUCGGCUGACUGGGGCCAAGAGGGGAUUGAAGUGGUUAAAAAGCAAGAGCAAGAGACCGGGUGGAUUACGGUCAAGUCUAUGGUUGGAUUGCCACUGAAUAUCGACUGGCAAAAAGGAACCCGUGUGGAGGGGGAGUAUAUCGCAUUUGGACUAGGAGAGGACGGAGUCCUGUAUGCAAACGAUCGAAAACUAUCACGGAAUUGCACGUCCUUCACCAUCACCGAGUCACAUCUCAUCUUCACGACCACUCUUCACCUCCUGAAAUUCGUGCACCUAACAACCCUGCAAGACCUCACCGUCCCAGGAGAUGAGCCCGAAGCCGACGAACGAUGUCGCAGCAUUGAACGCGGCGCUCGAAUCGUGACCGUUAUCCCGAGCGCGUGCUCGGUCGUCCUGCAGAUGCCGCGAGGCAAUCUUGAGACGAUUUACCCGCGAGCCCUGGUCGUGGCGGGGAUACGGAGUAGCCUGGACCGAAAGAACUACGGUGAUGCGUUCCGGUCGUGUCGAGUGCACCGGGUGGAUAUGAACAUCAUCCAUGACUACGCACCGGAGCAGUUCAUGAGUAAUGUUGCGCUUUUUGUGGAUCAGGUUAAAGCGGUCGAGCAUAUCGAUUUGUUUCUGUCUCACUUGAGGAACGAGGAUGUCUCCACGACGAUGUACAAAGAUACAUUAGCCGGUCAUCCGAACAACGCAGAUGCUCUGACGAAUGGUCACACAGACACUCGUGAUGGAAAGACUAUCGAUUACACCGAAUCCAAGGUCAACAGGAUAUGCAAGGCAUUUCUUACCGUUCUCAGCCCUCGGGCAGAUAAACACCUGCAGAACAUUGUUUCCGCAUAUGUCUGCAUGUCGCCCCCUGAUCUUGAAGGUGGGCUGCGGAUCGUAAGCGGUCUUCAAGGCACCGACGCCGAGCUCGCCGACCAAGCGGCCGAGCACAUCUCCUUCCUCGCGGACCCCAACCGACUGUACGAUGCGGCACUAGGCAUGUACGAGCUCGAACUCGCCGUCCUCAUCGCCCAACAGUCGCAGAAAGACCCGCGCGAGUACCUCCCGUUCCUUCAACGUCUCCGGGAAAUGUCCGAACUACGGAGGAAGUUCACCAUCGAUGAGCAUUUGGAUCGACAUGGGAAGGCGCUGACACACCUCCAUUCGAUGAACGAGUUCGAGGAGGCGAAGGUUUACGUGCAACGACACGAGCUCUAUUCCAAUGCGUUGGAGCUUUGGAAGUAUCAGCAGGAGCGGCUGGAUGAGAUCGUGCGGAUCCAGGCCGAUUGGCUGUGCGAGAAACCGGAUUUCAAGUCUGCAGGACUCGCAUACGAGUAUCUCGGCGACUACGCCUCCGCGUCCGACGCAUUCAAAUCCGCGGGGAUGUGGCGCGAGGCAUUGUCAGCAGCGUGCCUUGACGAGCAACCCUCCACGAAAAUUGCCUCCCUUGCCACCGACCUCGCCGACGCGCUCACCGAAUCCAAAGAAUAUCAACCCGCGGCCCGCAUCCACCUCGACUACCUCCACGACCUCGACGGCGCCCUCCGCCUCCUCUGCAAAGGCAAUCACUUCGCCGAAGCCAUCCGCCUCAUCGCCCAGGCCCACCGCCCGGCGCUCCUCGCCUCCAUCAUCGACCCCGGCCUCGCCGACGCGUUCGCCUCCACGACGGAGCUCCUCGCGGACUGCAAAUCGCAGCUCGCCGCACAGGUCCCCCGGCUCCGCGACCUGCGGCAGAAGAAAUCUGAGGACCCGCUCGCGUUCUACGAGGGCGAGACGUCGGCGGACAUCCCGGACAACAUCUCGCUGGCGCCGACGGACGCGUCGACGACGGGGACGUUCAUGACGCGGUACACGGGGGCGGUGACGGGGACGAUCGCGACGGGGACGUCGCGGCGGACGUCGAAGAACCGGCGGCGCGAGGAGCGGAAGCGGGCGCGGGGGAAGAAGGGUACGGUGUACGAGGAGGAGUACCUGGUCAGUUCGAUCCGGCGGCUGGUGGAGCGGGUAAACGCGACGGGAGAGGAGGUGGGGAAGUUGAGGGAGGGGUUGGUGAGGAGGCGGAUGCGGGAGCAGGCGCGGGUGGUGGGGCGGGCGAUGGAGGAGGUGGUGGAGGGGUGUCGGGGGUGUUUGGGGGAGGUGUUUGAGGUGGAGGAGGCGGUGGAGGGGGGAGGGGAUAUGGAGGGAGAGGGGAUGUCGAGUGGGGAUCGGGUGUUGAUGGAGACGUUGGAGGAGCUGGGGAAGAAGAAGGCGCCACCGUUAGUGACGGAAUUUGAGAAGUUGGCGGUGCUCGGGUAG